AUGUCUCUCAACUGGGUUAUGCUCCAUGACCAAGAAGGCUUCGUCCGACUUUCCAACGAACGCUUGAUCUACACCUCUCCUCCCCGCACUAGCUUCAACCUCACACCACCGUCCGGCUACAAAGGUCAAGAAUCAUUAUCAGUUCAAAGCAGCGCCGGCUGCAUUUAUCUCACAAACCAACGGGUGGUCUAUCUGCCUUCCCAGAAAUCCAACGACUUCCAAUCCUUCUCAUCCCCAUUACUCCACGUUCGCGACUCUCAUGUUUCAGCGCCCUUCUUCGGUCCCAAUGUCUGGACCGCCUUGAUACAACCUGUCGCGGGAGGUGGCAUCUCCGCAUCCCUCCCUGCGGUCCAAAUCAAAGCAACAUUCAAAGAAGGCGGCGCCUUCGACUUCCACACAAAUUUUGAACGAAUCAGGGAGCGAUUAGAGCAGGCAGUGGAAAACACACCCGAGGGUACCGGAGGCCUACGAGGCGUGGAUCUUGCUGCUGUGCAUUUGGAAGAGCUGCCUGCCUACGAGGGCCCCGGUCCUAAUAACACCGAGCCUAGCGAACCUGCCAGUACCAAUGACACAUUAAACGCUCCAGCGAGCAACCAAAGAGCCUCGGUUAUUGGGCCAGAGCCCAUGGAGCCUCCACCAGGAUACGAGGAGGUUCAACAGCAAAGCGUGGCUGCUGCGUUGGAGGAAGGAUUACGACGAGCCAGUUGA